AUGAGGUUAUUCUUCGUGUUAAUCAUCGUGCUUAAUCUGAAACCGACUUUAGCCGACCAUGAGACCUUCCAACUGAAAAAAUCUCAUGUCGAAAUCACUGGAAUCUAUCAACGGGCCAUUGAAUAUUUGCUAAAAUCCCAGAUGCUGAGAGGCGAAGUUUUGACUAUCGACGCGGCUAAAUCGGUUUGGAAUCCGGAUUUCGAUCAUCAGAUUUUUGAAAAAUACAAGAAUGUGGAGUUGGUCAAUAGAAAAGAGGAACUAACCGAUUUUUUCAAUUUGUUGGAUGAGACGAGAAAAGUGAGAAUACGUAAUGAAACAAUGGAAGAGUUUAAGAAGACAAUGAAUAGAUUGAAGGAAGUGGUUGAGUUGAAUUCGCAAAUUGAUUUCAGUUUCAAAGGAAAGAUGGAUGAAUUUUUCGGAAAGUGCAAAACUUUGGAAGAGGAAAACUUGACGAAAAAAUCAUGGCAGAAGUUAAACAUAUACUACUUUUACGAGGCCCUAGAAGUUUUAUUGGAGGGUCUGCAAAGGCUCGAAAACAUUAGAAAUAUAACAGAGAGAGAGCGUGUGCGUAAAAAAAACAUGUCUAGAAUCGUGACGAACACUUUUAACUUGUAUAAAGGUCAAAUUCAAGAUUACCGUGAUCUUUACCUAAGUUCGCUUUCUUUUAACCCAAUCGAAUGGCUUUCUAAUAUCAUAUCUUUACUCUCUUCCAAAACUCAAGAUAUGAAAAAAUUGGGAGAAGUUAUUGGACCACUUGAUGCAUUAAAUAGUGAUGUAAUCAUUUUGAAAAAAUGGCAUUCCAACAAACCCUUGUCUCAAAGUAUGCAAAACAUAAAAGAAAUGGAGGAGGAUUUCAACAUGAUAGAAAAGUUCAAGAAGUACAAAAACAACGGUUUACCAUCCCCGCUGUUCGAUCGAAUCUCAUCAUUUUCUUCUCACUUGAACACCGUCAAAUGGAAGUUCACACACUUUUCGAAUCAAUGGAAACCUUUCGAAAAAUCUAUCAGUCACCUGCUGGAUCUGUACAACAAGACUGUAAAUCUUCCUACAUCGAUCAGCAAGUGUCUCCAAAAUGACGGAAUUUCAGUUGAUUUCUCAAAGCAGAAAGGCGAACUGGAACGGCUGAAUGAGACCCUGGAAAAAUAUAAGUCGGCUAAGAAUCAACACGACAUGGCGAUUAGCACGACAAUCAAAUUUUUCCAGUUUGAUUACCUUUACUUACUAAUAAGUGAGAGUAAACUAAAUGAAUUGAUGAAGAGAAUAGUCCCCGAAGGAGAUCUAUGUUUACAUACACAUUUGUUACGAGAAGCCGGCUUUUUGAAAUCGUUUUGCAAGCUAAAUCCAAGAAAGCAUACCGAUGAUAUCAUCGAGGAACUCAAGAAGUUCAAAACGUUUCUGAAUUGUUUCAAAGACGAUUCAUUUUCUGUAAUAAACGAGCUGCUGGAUGCAUGUGAAAAAAUUGACAAGUGGAAAGCGAAAAUUUUUUUGGUAGGAAUAUCAGAUUCAGUGAUUAUGUUCCAAGAUGCUUACCAAAUGAUGGAAGAAAUCGAGAAUUGGAAGCCUGAACCCAAUUCUGUCAUUGAGAAGUUUCCAUUAAAUAAGGAGGAUUUGGAGAGAAUAUCAGAUGGAAUCAAAGCUAAAGGUUUAGCAUUGAAAAUCGCUAAUUUCUGGAGGAAUGAUUGGGAAGAACGAGAUGAAUUGGAUUUUAAACCAAUAUGGUUUGCAUGGGAAAACUUUGAAAAGGUUGUUUCGAAACUUGUUGAAUCUCUGUUACGCGAAGAUACGAAGAACAUUGAUGAAAAAGUUGAAGCACACUUUACGAAUGAAAAUAUAAUAUUGAUCGACAGUAUCAAACAGUUUGUAAAAACCGAUUAUGAAGGGAACCAGUGGAAGGAGAUUCUCAAUUUCUUUGAUGAUUUGGAAAAAUUGAAAAACGAGUUCCCGGAUUUCUCAAGUAAAUUGGAAAAAAUGAAUGAAGAAAUUAGCAAAUUUACGGAAUGGGAGAAAAUUAAAAAUGCGGAAGACAACGAUCAAAAGAAACCAUUUGUUGAUUGCUCGCAGAGCCAUCUCAAUUGCAACAACCAGGUGACACUUCCAGCUGCUGGUCCAGAUGCCCCCGUAAAAAAGUUUGAACUGUGA